AACAGAAAUGAGUCUGAUAAUGAAUCUGAUAACAACAGUCUGAGAGAGGAAAACAGCUUCAAUCUGCACACAACUCUGCAGACCUAAACACAUGAAUAAUGUGACAGAAGUGUUAAUGUCAGAAUCCUCACUGCUGCCCAGCUGAGCAGAACUUCCCACAGACUCCACUGACUACUGACGGAACACUCUGAUGUGUAUUUCUCUUUCUCACAUUUAUCACUUAUCAGGAUGGAUCCAGUUCUUAUGCUUGCUGUGUUAUUCAGAGUGUCAGGAGUGCUGUCUGCAUCUGUAGUUAAAGAUGUUAAGGUUGGGGACUCUGUCACACUCCCCUGUAAACUCCCUGUGCUUAAAGACAGACCUGUGGAGCAGCUGGAUGUUCAGUGGCGGCUGGGAGAACAGCUGGUCAGUCGACUGUACCGAGGCCAGGUCAACUACGGAAUCAACUACAGAAACAGGACUGAACUUCCAGCAGAAGGAUCUAGUCGUGGAGAUUUCUCCCUGAUCAUCACACACACACAGCAUGGAGACAGUGGAGUUUAUCAGUGUGUGAUCAGGAGAGAGAACCAGGAGGAACCUCUGGGAGAAGUUCAGCUCAGGGUGAAAGCCCCCCCUUCUCCCAGUGCUGUGUUCGUUAAGGUGAGUGAGGAGGUGGUUCUGCCCUGCUUUGGUCGUGUGGACUGGUUUAAAUCAGAAGCUGAGCUCGUCCGGUGGUUCAGAGGAGAUCAGCUGGUUCUGCAGUGGGAGAAGGGUUCUCUCUAUGUAGAUCCUCAGUUUACAGACAGAGCCUCGCUACUCAAAGAACGAAUCCUGAAGGAUGACCUCUCUCUGGUUUUGAAGAACACCAUCCAUGAAGACCGGGGUCUUUACAUCUGCUACUUUGUGAACAACCAAGGAAUUAGAGUUGGAUCACAAGUUAAUCUCACUGUGGCAGGUAAUCAUGCAUAUUUAAAAUAAAGCAAUAAACACCUUAGGCUGUUGGUUUUCUUUUUCU